GGUAAGAGAUCGUCUUGCGAUAUUUCUUAAAAUAGCUUAAAAGUGUGGCGCAAACUGAAACUGAUAUUAUAACUUUAAAAUAUUCCGAGGCUUUGUUUUCCAGACAACUGAUAUAAACAGCAAUAAUCUAUAAAAUGAAAACCCUCAUUGUGUUUAGCAUUCUAAUGACUUUCGCAUUGGCCCAUCCUCAACGUGAAGGUGCAGCCUAUACUAACGAAGCCAUUCGACAAGCACAACAGACUUUUCUCAUACCAAAAGAUGCGCAAAUUCAAAAUGUGCAAGAGGGUAUUGAACUAGGCGCAUACGAGGCGAUUCCCGGCAAUCAGCGGAUUAAUCUAUUCGAGAUCCUCGGCGAUCAAGUGCCAUCGGAAGUUAUAAACAACCUUCAAUCGCAAGUCGAUCAGAUUGGUAGGAAUAAGUGAACUGGGAUGCACCAUACAAGGAUGGUUAACUAAGUUUUAAUUAAAUUAAUUUUUGUGUUUUUUUGAAAAAUGUAUAUUUCUGACAAUUUUUGCUGAAAUAGUUGUUUUAGUUUAUUUAAAAAUACAAAGAUACUUAAACUAACUUAAGUUAGCUUUCAAUUUUUAAUUAUCGUUAGUUUCUGAACAUGCAGACAAAGCGCAAAAGUGAAAGCUGUAAACUUCAUUUGACGUUGUCAAUUGUCACCAAGAAGAUCGCAUUAUACGCCACCUAAUAAGCGCGUUAAUUAUGGCAUUUUAACUUAUUUCCUUCUUUCUAUCGUGGUAGGUGUAUGUAUAUGUGUAUGGUAUAUAUGAAUGUAUACAUCAUGAUAAGUAAAUACAUGUUUCUAAUUCCGCUUUCACUUUGUCUCUGUUGAACGUGAUCAUGAAGUUAAUUUGCGUUGUCUAAAGAAAUUCAAUACAAACACAAGUGGCAGCGAUGUAAUCCAAAAGAGAAGGGCAGUCAUGGGGGCGAAGCAGCUGUUGUACUCUCACUGCAUGUUAAUUAUCCACCUCGUAAGCACUAAAUUUCAUUGCAAAUGAGUAGAUAUGUGUGUAUACUUGGUUGGCUGAUUGUGCCAUACGUAUGUAAGUAAUGUAAUAGAUAUAAAAACGAGAUUGUAAAACUUAUCAAUAUAUUUUAUUAUCUAAUACAAUAUAUAGGCGCCACCUUAUGAAAUUUAUAUUUUGCUAGACAUAUCAAUAGUAAAGGGUGUUGUUUUUAGAGGUAUAGAACUUUAAAUUGCAAUAAAACAACGAUGGAUGAUUUUAUUGA